CUGCAGCCAACUUCAUUUCAAAAACACAGACAGCUGUUUACACUUCUUCUUCAAUUUUUUCCAAUUCUAAAGAAAAAAUACAACUAUUUUGUAAAGCAAAUAAAUUCUUUCUAACAUUUAGAAAUUUAUUAAUUAAAUUUUAAAAUGACCUUAUCGCCGGGAAUAAAAGAACGUUUAGAAGUUGUUUACGAAAUUGCCAAGACCACAUUUCAUUGGGGUUUCUUGCCAAUGGUCUUGUAUUUGGGUUUUAAAAAAGGCGCUGAACCUGGCAUGCCACCAUUAACAUUGAUGAGUUUAUUGUGGCAGUAAUUACUUUAUGGGGAAAUUAGUUAAGGGGGUCUAAUAUAACAAAUCUUUAAAUUUUGUUUAAGGAAAGCUGUUCAGCAUUUUGUUCAAUAAAAUAAUGUUAAAUUAAAAAA